AGCGGGCGGGGCUCCUGCAUCACUUCAGACACACAACUGAAGUGGCUCAGCUUUCUGAGGCAGCUUCAGUUGUCAGAAGGCGAGCAAUGGACAGCGUGGCUGAAUGGAGCUUCAAGUCCAUGGCCAUGGAGCUGGACGAGAACUUCUACGUGGACUACAGUGCGGAGGAAAUGAGCCAGUUCCAGCGUCACAGCCAACUAGUGGCAGCUCUCAAACAAAAGGAGGAAGAGGUGAUUCUGGCUGCUCAGCUGGGAAACGCUCUGCUGCUGGAGAACCGCGAGCUGAAGGAGCAGCAGGAGCAACUUCAUGAGCACUUCACGGACAAGCUGGAGGAGCUGGAGCAGGACAAACAUGCGCUGCGGGUCAAGCUGGAGGGCUGCCAGUCCCAGUGGGAGAGCCAGGUGGGCGACCUGGAGAGGGACGUGAGGGCCCUCAGUGCUCAGGUGGACCAGCUGACGCAGGCCCUCAGCCAGGCGGAGCGAGACCAGAGCCGGGCUGAGCUGGAGCACAGUGAACACACGCAGCAGUUACGGGAGCAACUCAACACCGCGAUGGAGGUGGAGAGAGCCAUGUCCAGCGAACUGCAGAGCCUGAAAGUGGAGCUCCAGCAGAAGGGAAGCCACAACAGACUGCAGGACGAGGAGCUCAUCAGCGCUCUGAAGGAGCAGGUGCUGCGUCUCAGUCAGAGGGAGCAGGUUCUGGAACAGCGGUUGGAGAGUGUAAGCCAGGAGAACACGGAGCUGAGGACAAACCUAACCUCUUUACAGACCCGCCUGUCUCUGCAGGACCAAGUCAAGCAGCAGCACAACCAGCAGUUGGCUGAGGCGUUGCAGGCGGCGGAGGUGUCCCAGGCUCGUUCCCAGCAGCUCCAAAGUCUGGUGGAGGAGCUUCAGGAAGAGCUGUCGCUGCGAGACUCCAAAACGCCUGGAAAUAUUUCUCUGCUAUCUGAGAUGGAGGAAAGUUUAGACGCCACCGGAGUCAGCAAAAAGGAGAUCUCUCAAAAAAUGGGAUCCAUCCUGCAGUCACUGCUGCCGCUGACCCAUGACCCCGACGGUCAGGCAAAGUCACAAGUCACAGGGGAAGAAGAGGAGCUGAGGUCGAUGCUGCAGCAGCUGGAGGAAGCAACGAGGACGCUAACACGCACCUCCAGCCCUCAUCAGCUGAAUCGAGCUUUUGUAGGGAGGACGGCUGAUCAGUGUGGGAAUCCGAGCGCAGAACAGGAGCUGAGAGAUCAGAACGCUCGGCUGCGGCAAGAGAACGCCCAAAUGAAAGAGACGUUGCGCAACUAUCUGGAGCAGACUGAAGUCACCCACCAGGCUAUCAGAGACCGUGACGAAGCCAUUGCUAAAAAGAACCUGAUGGAAACGGAACUAGUACGAUGCAAGAAUGACAUGAUGUCCUUGAACAAUCAGUUGUUGGACGCCAUUCAACGUAAACUGGAACUGUCGCAGGAGCUGGAGGCCUGGCAGGACGACAUACAAGUCAUCAUCAACCAGCAGCUGAGGUCACAGCAGCAGUCCGAGGUCACGCAAAAGAAGGCCACCCCCAGUAGUAUUUCAUUUUUUCGGAGGCCCAGCAAGACUGUUUCCACCAAGACGCGUCAGUCCAUUUCCAGUUCCCCCUGGAGCACAGACGCCCUGCAAGAAAAGUCCCAAUCCCCCUGGAAGGACUGGCUCAGACGGGGCAAGGUUUAGGAGUCUUCAGAGAAACUGUACUGCCAAAAUGUAAAUAUGGAAGGAAGCUCAUGAACAGAGAAAUGUGAUCGAGAUGCAUUUUUGUGUUGAAAUGUGAAACACAAUACAUUUCAAGACUCCGUACACAUCAGAUUAAACUGUGAAACCAAGAGCAUGUUCGAGACUUUGAUUAGUUGUGCCUUAUUUUGUAUGAUGUUUGUCAUCAUGGUUCAUUAUUCCUAUGUGAGACUUGAUAUUUUCGCAGUGUUUGUUCAGGUCUUUCAACUGAACUUGUGAAGAAAGCGUGCGAGGCCAUUCAGUUCAAAGCAGCAUUUGUAAUUGUAGUCAAAAUUGUUGUUUUUACCAUGUGUUUGGAUGUGAAAAGCGCCUAGAAACUUCAAAUGUAAAAGUUUGGUCACAUAAACAAGCCUUUUUUGCAAUUCCUUUUUUUACUCGAUUCUGUAAAAACAUGUCCAAGUGUGUUUGUAAACAUGUUAACAUUCAUCUGUAAUUGGUGUUUAAUAUCAAUGACUGACAUCUGAAAUGAAGAA